CUAGGGAACAGGGGUUAACAGACGACUUCUAGUGAAAUGCUGUUUCGCACGUCUAUUUCACAUGCAUAUCAGUCACAAAAAUCAGAGGUUACAGACUCAAUGGAUCCUCGAAGCCGGUCCAAAUGCCUCAACGCCGUCGAGCAGCAGUUGGAGAACUUCAAUCAAACUGAAUGGAUUGGCAUGGGGAGAAGCGGCACUCUCAACCCGGCUAAGCGGCAGCUUUGGGACUGGAUUUGUCUUUUGGUGCUCUCUAUGUGCUUGUUACUCCGACCAGUGUUCUGCCAGUCAUGUCGUAUUCAGCGGUGUAAUGCAGAGUAUGUGGCUACGUUUUCACCCUCCGGUGGCCUGCAAGAGGAGGUGCAUCCAGAUGUGGAGUACUGCACCGCACUAAGGGCCUACUCCUUGUGUACCCGUCGGACUGCUCGCAGCUGCAGAGGGGACCUGGUGUACCACUCUGCCGUAUUUCGUAUAAAAGAGCUGUUUGCACAACAUAACUGCUCCAGCGAUGGCCCGACGUCUCCGGCCAAAGCACCUAGCACUUCAAGGCCGCCCGUGGUGGACGUCUGUAACUACGAAAGUCGGGUGCUCGCUUUGGGCCCCGCAGCACAGCAGAAAAAGUACGGACAUUGUGGAUUAUUCGGGGAUCCUCACUUGCGGACGUUUCGGGAUGAGUUUCAGACAUGUAGGGUGGAGGGGGCUUGGCCACUUAUCCACAACAGAUACCUUUCGGUUCAAGUCACAAACGUACCGGUUGUUGAAGGGUCAAGUGCUACAGCAACCAAUAAGAUAACGGUCAUCUUCAAGUCCUACCAUGACUGCACCGAGCAAAAGGUUUACCAAGCCACCACGGAGGACCUGCCGUCGGCGUUCCAGGAUGGCACACGCAGCGGCGGGAAAGGAGACAGUCUGUGGAUCGUGGAGGGCAGCGGCGGUCUAGGUAUCCGGCAGGUGAAGAUCCACGCUCGAUACCUGGGCACGUCCAUCAUCGUUCGCCAGGUGGGCCGCUACUUGACUUUUGCCAUCCGCAUGCCAGAGGACUUAGCGGAGGAAAACGGCGGCCUGCAGCUGUGCCUCCAUGGCUGUCCGCGCAACGAGGUCAUCAAGGCCCACGUGCUCAACCGCCAACAGAGUCUCCGUCCGCCGCGGCUCACGGGCGGCUGGUUCGGCGAGGAGGACGGCGGCGAGCUGCAGCCGGGCCUCUCGUCGCACAUGGACAUGCUGGAACAUGCCACCACCAAGUGUCGAGAGAUGCUGCAAGUAGAGGACGUUUACUUUCAAUCGUGCGUCUUUGACCUUCUCACCACAGGAGACCCGGAGUUCUCCAUGGCUGCGUACGGGGCCCUGGAGGAUCUUAAGGCACUUCCACCCAGCACUCUAAAACAGAGCUCACCCAGGACUCCACACCUUUAUAACAUAGGAGCAGUCGUUACGCCAUCCGUUUAUGCGGCUUUGCUACUUCUUUUGCUGUUGGUCUAGGCACCAGGCGGACUGUUCUUCAAAUUGGAAAUUAACCUUGUUUAAAGUUUCACGCACGAACUGACUUCAAACUAGUGAAAAAACUGUAACCAGCACUUACGUGCUAAGUGAAAACAGACCCUUAAUCCUCGUUCUGCCAUUUAUAACAUAUUCAGUUUUGUUCUCCAGAGCGGAAUAAUGGCAAAACACUCCAGGCUUUCUGAAUGUGAAAUCAACUGUGGCUCUCUAAUCUGGAAAAGAUGAAGGCAGCUAAUCUGCAUAUCAUUUAGAUUAUCACAGAUUAAAGUCUCACCAGAAAGGAGAUCCUCAUUAAAAGAAGUAUUAAUAAGAGACAGUGAGAGGUGGCUUAUUAUCGUAACGCAUGCAUUACA